GCCAGAUAAGAGACACAAACUAACCGGACUUACUUCARGUGAGCAGAACCAGAUCUAGACUGAGUCCAGCUGGUCCAGGUCAGCUCUGCAGUUCUUCUUCUUUACAAAACUGUGUUUUCAACCCUUUCAAUGAUGCAAAUAGAAGAAAAGAGGAAGUUUGCUGCCUUCCUGAAAUUCUAAACUUUCUUCAGUUUGAUGACACAAGUUUUGUUCCGUAUUUGUUUAAGACCAGAGUUAUUUUUAUUCCAGCAUAUGAAAACAGUUCUGUCUUUUGUCACUGCUCAGAUUUGUUCAGAUUAGAGAGUUAUAAUUUUAAAAAAUGGCCACAGAAACAAACCUUACCACAAACCUGACGACCCCAGCUCCAGGUGGAGGCUGCCCCCCGGUGGGCAUCCAGCUGGAAGGGCUCAUCAUGCCCCCCAUCCUCAUCGUGGAYGUCACCCUGGGGUUCCUGGGAAACAUAGUGGCCCUGUGGAUCUUCUGCUUCAGGCUGAAGUCCUGGAACCCCAACGCCCUGUUCCUCUUCAACCUGGUCAUUGCGGACUUCCUGGCCCUGGUGAGCCUGCCUCUGAGGAUCGACGCCUUGCUCCGGCAGCACUGGGUGUUCGGAGACGGCAUGUGCCGCAUCAACCUCUUCCUGAUGUUUUCCAACCGAUCGGCCAGCAUCGCCCUCAUGACCGUGGUGGCGAUUUACCGUUACAUGAAGGUGGUCCAUCCUCACCAUCGCUUCAACCAGAUGACCAAGCGUCAGGCUGCGGUGGUGUCCGUGUUCGUCUGGAUGUUGGUGAUCGGUCCUCGGGUCCCCAUGCUGGCCUACAGCCACAUCAAGGGCAGCGGGGACAAGACCCAGUGCUUCUUCUUCACCUCCUACAAAGAGGCGUCCCGCGCCAUCAUCAUCCUGGUGAGCAUGCACCGAAUCCUGACGGUGCUGGAGUUCAUCAUCCCCAUGGCCAUGCUGCUGUUCUGCUCCAUCCGGAUCUCCAGCUUCCUGAAGAAGAGGCAGAUGGGCAAACCAGGCAAGGUGCGCAAGGCCAUGAGAAUGUGCGCCGCCAUCGUGGCCGUGUUCAUAGUGUGUUUCCUGCCCACCACGGUGACCACCAUCGGCGUUUGGGUCAUCAAGUCGUUCCGCCCGUGGGACUGCGACGCUUUCUACACCUUCACYCAGCUCACCAUCGUGUCUUUGGGUCUCAACUUCCUGAACUCGGCUCUGGACCCAGUGGUCUACGUCUUCUCCAGCUCCAUGUUCAGGAAGGCCCUGUUGGCAGCGAUGCCCAGYGCCCUGCGCUGCAGGCGGGACGGAGGCGAGAAGACGGCGUCUUCAUCAGGAAGUCAGUCCACCACCGAGCAGGAGCUGAAGUCCAUCAGAGGCAGCGAGGCCAUUUAAAACCUCCAGGAACAGGCAGACAAAUGGGUUUAGAUUACUGACUGUUCUGAUCUGCAAGUAAAAAUUGUUUUAAACUGUUUUACUGUUUUAGGGUUCCUUUUUAACUCCUGAUGGACAAAAAAGACAUUUUUACAAACCUAACUAUUUUCUGAACAGAUUAAAUCUGAAGAAUCACUUUGUAAAAAAAAGGCCCAGCAUUCCUUGAAGGGAUACAUUUCACCCUCCUCCUUGCAGACUGAAGUUUCUAACAAAGAUCUCAUCUGAUCUGUUCACCCUCAGAGUCUACAGGAGCUCUGAGGGCCCACCCGAGCUGAAUGUUUGUUCUUUUUGCGUUUUGACCAGUGGCUGU